UCCGAUCCAGAUGUUCCUUUAUUCGUGAAUAGUGAAGACAGCGUAGAUGAUGUAUUAAAUGAUCACGUGAACACAAAUACCAAUACAUCUAAUUUAUCAAUUCACCAAAAAGAACGUACCAAGCCUAAGGUUGAUAAGCAGGUGCAAAAUACCAUUGUUGGAAGUGCUCUUAAGCGAGGUCCAAAUGGGGAUCUUAUAAUACCCAUUAAGAAAAAAAAAAAAAAGAGAUCAAAGAAGUUUGAACUUUUGAACCAAAAUCCUUUGCAACAAAAUUAUGAUGAUGAUUCAUUUGACAGUUCUGAUUCACAAUACGAUGUUGACAAAGAGAUUGCGAAAAAUGACAUCCCUAAUUCCGUUAUAGAAAAACAAUCAUUAGCAGAAACAUCAUGCGGAAAACAGUCUUUUAAAGAAUGGGCGGUAGAACAAUUGGGAAUUGGGUUCAAAAGUCCACAACAUAUUGACACCAGCAACCACUCCCAGUUAUCAUCAAAUGUUAUGAGUUUUCAAAAGAAAUGUGUUAAUUCUAGUGAACAAGUUGCACCCAACUUUGUUAUUCAAGAUGGUAUAGAUAUCACAGCUGAUGAUUAUAUUGAGAAUAAUGGGUCAAACAAUAAUACGAAACAAGCACCCGAAAAUGUGAAAAAGGCUUUUUAUGUUCCAGUUAAAAGAAGCCAAGAAAUUCAGAUUGCGAGAAUGGAGUUACCAGUGUGUGAAGAAGAACAAACAAUAAUGGAAGCAAUUAAUCAGAAUUCCGUGGUUGUUAUUUGUGGAGAAACGGGAUCUGGAAAAACAACACAAUUACCUCAAUUUCUUUAUGAAGCAGGAUUCGGAAAUCCGGAAAGUGUAUGUGUUAAUUCAAUCUAUAAUUUAAUUAUUCAGAUUCGUUACGAUGCGACUAUUUCGCCAAAAACUGUUAUUAAAUUUAUGACGGAUGGUGUUUUACUUCGUGAGCUUUCCGGAGACUUCCUAUUGUCAAAAUAUUCAGCGAUUAUAAUUGACGAAGCACAUGAAAGAAGUUUGAACACAGAUAUCUUGAUUGGUGUUAUUAGAAUUCUUGUAUUUAUGACGGGACAAAAUGAAAUAUCCAUUCUUUGUAAGAAACUUCGUAAUAAGUUUCCCUAUAUAUCAUCCAAUCAAUCCUAUCAGAGUAGUACAAAAAUUAAGGAAGAAUCGCAAAUUGACGAACCUUAUGAACAUAUUCGAGAAGGAUUGUCUACUAAAAAUGAAUUGGUUAUAGGCGAGAAUGAUCAAGGUUACAUUGAUCACCAUGAUAAUUUUGAUACGGAUUCUGAGGAUUCCGUCACCGAGUUUGAAAAUGAUGAAUUGGACAAUGAAUAUGGUUUACUAUCUCAAUAUGAUCAUUUAUUAGGAACGCGUCUUUGUGUUGUUGCAACUAAUGUAGCCGAAACUUCUUUAACUAUUCCUGGUAUUACGUAUGUUGUAGACUGUGGGAAAGUUAAAGAACGCCGUUAUAAUGCAAAUACUGGUGUUCAAUCGUUUGUAAUUGACUGGAUCUCAAAAGCAUCUGCUGAUCAACGUGCAGGUCGUGCAGGACGAACAGGCCCUGGUCAUUGUUAUCGGUUGUAUUCCUCGGCUGUAUUCAACGAUCAAUUUCAACAAUUUACAAUUCCUGAAAUUCAUAGAACACCGAUAGAAGGUGUUAUACUGCAGAUGAAAGCGAUGAAUAUUGAUACCGUAUCUAACUUUCCAUUUCCAACACCUCCUGAUCGUGAUCAACUGAAGAAGGCAGAAAAAUUGCUACAAUACAUGGGAGCAUUAGAUGAAAACAGCCAAAUUACUUCUUUGGGGCGUGCAAUGGCGACAUUUCCUCUUGCACCCCGAUUCUCCAAAAUGUUAAUAAUUGGACAGCAACAUGAAUGUCUUCCAUACGUCAUUGCAAUCGUAUCAGCCUUAUCAGUUGGUGAUCCUUUUAUAAGGGAGUAUCAUUUAGAUGGUACAGAUUCAGAUAGCGACUGUGACAAAGAUGAAUCUGAAGAUUAUGUUCAAACGAAGGAAUUAAAUGAAAUUCAAAAAGAAAUAAUCUUUAAAAAGGAACGUCGAAAAUUGAUGCGGAAGAGAUUUUAUGACGUUCAAAAAGCUAUGCAAGAAAUACAUAAAUUAAGAGGUCAGAUAACGAAUAUUGUUCAAACUAAUUGUCAUGGAGUUGAUGUGUACGUAGAUCCAAAAAUGAAACCACCUUCUGCUAUCCAGCUCGAAGCUCUCCGUCAAAUAAUUGCAGCCGGAUUUAUUGAUCAAGUUGCUAUACGUAAGGACGUUGUAGAUGGGACAGGGAAAACAUAUUCUUCUACUAGAGGUAUUACAUAUUCUACUAUGUGGACGGAUGAAGAUGUUUUUGUUCAUCCCUCUUCCGUUUUGUAUCAUGAGAAGCCACCAGAUUUUGUGGUUUAUCAAGAAUUACAACGUACAAAUAAAGUAUGGAUGAAAG